AUGGAUGUACCUUGUGAUCAAUACGAGAUACUAAGCCAAUCAGAACCAUGCACCAUGUUAAUCUAUGGUAUUUUAUCAACAGGAGAUCGACAGAGAAUGAUUUCUACUCCAGAUAAGCCGACCAAGGUCUUUAUUGGCGAUAACGUUUCAUUGGUUUGGCGGUACUAUAAGCCUUCACAUCUAACUCUCUUUGAGGUCGUCUUUGGUUACUGGAAAAGUCCUGGUUACUUGCAUCCAAAGCUUAUAGCAGUCGAUUCAAAGGGGUUCAUAAGUGUAAGCGCAGGUUACGAGACAGCGGUGAGUUGGGAUGGAAAUCUGACAUCUUCCCUGGCAGUUUUUGUUUUAUAUAAUGUUCAGCCGGCCGACGGAAAUGUGGAUUUUGGUAUACAAGUUGAGUUUGGACUCGCGGACAAUCCAUUGAAAGACAUAGUCCAACUUCUAGUCGUGGCAAAACGUAGGUAGAAGCAUGUGGCUAUUUAUAUAUAUAUAUUUUUUCGUUUUUGUUAACUCCCCAUAAAAUAUAGAUGAAUUAAAAUAUGAGCGAUGAAUUCAUGAUACCAUGCUUUUUAUGUCGACUCCCUUAUAUAUCAACUACUUGAACUCCUCGAACUUCUGAUCAGUGCCGACGAUUUUGCAAUUGGGGUAAAGGAACGAUUUAAAACCAAACUAUAAGAAAAUUAUUUUGGCGUCUUCAGUAUAGUUCCCACAUUUAUUCGUACGUAUACCUUCCCAUUUGGUGGCGACGCCCAGUUAAGCAUGUUUUCCCACCCUGCUUACCUCACACAAUUGCCUCACAUCAUUAUAUGAGGCAUCGCAUUCUUUUAACUUGGUUGCCUGCUUGUUCAUCUUUUUAGCUUCUAAGCGAUCUGGGAUUCAUGAAAAUCCUUCACCAACUUUUCUCUCUUUGACUUAACGUGGAGACCACCGGAUGUUUCAUUGCAAAUGCGUGAGCAUCAUGAGAUAAUUUUUAAGCUGAACUGACUCAGAGGAGUUCCAUAAAGCAUAAAACUAUUUGCAUUCUAUUGAUUGUAGAUGUGCCUACAACACAGAAGGUCUGUAUCCAAAGUACAGGGGCACCCAACGGGAAAUUUUGAGAAAAAGACCUAAAAACAACAACAAAUCGUGAAUAAAGUUUUCUGAGACUAUUUUAAGCAUUUUGGGAGAUUGCUGGAAAAAAAUUAUCUGUUCCUCACUCCCAGCAAGACUGAUAGAAGAGUUCCCAGCCAGCAAACUUACAACCUGCAACCUGACUUACUGGGAAGUUUCAUAGGGCACAAUUCAGAUCUUGAGUGGUAAGUAACCCAUACAAGUGACCCGUAGCAGCUAUUCUAGACUUCAAAUCCCCUCUGACACCCUGAAUUAUCUUUUUCCCAGCAACACUUUCCUUCCAAGGACUAUUAUUUCUUCCACAUCUCCCAGCCAGCAAAAAUGUGCCUGAAGAACAGAUAUUUUGAGGAACAGAUCCAUUGGGUGCCCCUGAAUGUAUGCCUGUCGCUAACGUUUUGUGUCCUGUUGCUUUAAUUAUUCAACGUGGUUAAGAGUCCAUCCCACCCUUGGUGCAUCCUAUAUUUCCUAUCUUGUUAGCUGUUAAUGGGACUCGGAAUGGCAUUGAUUAGGCCACAUUUCUAAAGCAGUAGACGUUGACAUUUCUAUAAGUCGUGCUGCUAAUGUCGAGCGAAGCUGAGCAGGAAAAAUGUAACCGACGCCCGGGAAAGGGGACAUCCAUCUUGGCGCCAUGACUUCUUAAUACAGCUGCGAACGCCCUUGAAAAAUCUUCGAUGCAUUAAAUUAUAGUGUAACUUGAGCUUUCUGUUUAAAGGGAAAUAUCUUUAGAUCAGGGGUCACUUUCCAUUCAACAAAAAUUCGUGUUUGAAAUUUCGGAAAUUCGACAUGCGCUAUGGAACGAUACAUUUCGGUUGCACAGGCCCGACCCAGGCCACCGUGCGUUUGGUUAUUGUAAUUGUAAGCAGGAUACAGAAGAGCAGUUCUGUGGACAACAAUUACGUCAAAUGAAAAGGGACAUUUCAUUCCGACCGACCACCUGAAAUAUUAAUGACCGGAAAGGUCAAAUUUGACUACUUUCAAAGUUGGUCCCAGAUACUCCGGUGGGACUGAACCAAAACGGGUCUGUCUUAUUUGCCAUUUCUAAUAAAAUUUCCGGAAUUUUGGGCUGAAUGGAAAGUGCCUCCAGUUGAAAGCGAGAAUCAGCGGUUUAACCAAGAGUAUGAUUCUAGUAGUAAAAAGUUGAAAGUUGAUCCAUUCUCUUGCCAUGAAUUUGUUUCUAGCCAUUGCAGAUUUGCCACGAAUCACCGACAUCACCACACCACCGAUCCUUAGAACGGGACAAAAUGUAAACCUUAGUUGUGUAGCCAGCGGGUUAUCUUUUCUCAGUGUCACGUGGCACAGAGGACGAAAUGUCGUCAGCAACCAUGGUAACGGUACUUCCACUGUGGUGAUCAGGCUACUUAAUAUCACUCAAAAAGACUGGGGCGAGUACACUUGUGUCACCCAAAACGAAGCCGGAGAAGACAGAAGAAAUGUUUUUCUCAGAAGUUAGUAGUUAGCCUAGUAAAGCUGUGAGACUAAAAAAUCCUGUCAUAAUGAAUAGCAAUCGGCAUAUAAGCGGCCUUUUUCAUAAUAUAGUUUUGGAUAACCUAAGCAAUACUGAAUGGAAAACAAGAGACUCGAUUUCCUUUCUGUAAUUGAUAAAAUCAAUGAGCUUUUCAGCAGAAUUUCGUGGUGCGACAAAGGAAAACCGUUUUAAGAUCACGAUUAACAAUAUUUCAAUGGAAUUUUGAAGCACUGAUCGCGAAAUGCUUAAUGUGAAUGCUAAACAUGGAGAAUAUGGCUUGUCAGCUGGGAUUUCAAAAUCAUGCUAUCAUGCAGUUAAGAUCUUAAGGGAUGGGAAUUCUUACGAUGGUAAAAUUAUGAGUCAGUACUAAUUUCUAGUAGAAUUAACAACAAGUUGCUCGGAAAACAAUUACACAACUUGAAAAACUAAGCCUUCAUAUUUUCAUUCUUAAUCUGAAGAAAAAAUACCUCUCCACAAAGCCAGUGAAUUACGUAUGUUUUCAUGGUUGCAAAUACACCUAUGGUUUUGUUCUGAUGUAUUGCAAGAGUGGUCCCUUAAAUAGGUAUUUCUACAUCAUAACAUUUUCUUCUCUCUAUCUUAAGUUCUCCCUGCAAGCCCGACGAUUCUUAACACAAACACAAAAGUCGUGAAUUCUAGUUGGACUCUUCGGUGGUCAGCGGUUUACAGUGAGGGACGCUUGGUGACGACCUAUACAGCUUGGCACCGAGUGUUGCACAUGACAAAGGUGGCAGACAAGGAUAUGAUUCACAAGGAAUCCUGGUUACGAAAAAAUGUUUCUGGUUUUAUGUACCACAUAGAACUUGCUGCCUAUAAACGUUACAUGUUCGCAGUAACAGCUUGGAACGAAUGGGGCGAAAGUGAAUUACAAAGUAGCAAAACAUUGAUAAUAUCUACAAAUUUUGUGGAUGUAACCAAUCGGAGAACCAAGACAACAGCUAAGUCACUUCACACAAGUACGAUAAGUUCAUCAGUUACAAGAAAUAAAAAAAAAAUAUUCGGAAAAAUUUGCCUGCUCUAUGACAUGAAUAAUUUACCAGUAAUUGGAGACCUAUUUUAAAAGUGCAUAGGAUUCUAGGAUUGCCAAACAACAUUACAAGUUGCUGCGGAGAGAUUGAAAUGUAUGCCGUUUGAAAUGGCUGUGGCCUAAAUAAAGUUGAAUGUUAAGAGGACCGCUAAAAAUACAAUUGUAUCAUAUAAUUGUAAAUUGAACCAAGCGGCCACCUCCAUCAAACGACCAGGCCCACCCCCUUUUGGCCAUCCCAGCUGGAGUUCCCCUAUUGUCGUCAUCUCUGUUAGCGGCUACCAAGUGUUACUUUGCCCAGCUGAACAUGUACAAUAAAGGGAAAUACGUAUACACUCUGACAUAGAAGGUGACCACUGAUCAAAGACCCGUUAUGUAAAGUUUCAAUUACAGAGAACUUACCACCUUUUUGGGUCAUUAAGUUUGCGCCAACUUUAUUGUAUUGUUCGUGUAGUUGGGAAACCUUAUUAAACCCUUUGGGGAGAACUCGUUCGUAAAAAUAUUGUAGUUUUGUUCAGUAUUAAUUUACAUGUAAGAGCUGUCUCUUCAUGGGUGAAAGAAAUUACUAUACAAGCCUCUAUAAAGGAGUUUCUUUUAGAAUAAACUAGCGUUUCUCUUGAACAGUCUACUAUACGGCCAGCCUCCGUUUGGUUGCGUUACCGGCUUUAACUCUGGCUACGAGCUGUGACAAAUACUGCUUUACAUCACCAGUAUAGUUUGGUUUACUUUUCUCAGAGGGGAGAAGAUGUUUUGAUAUCAUCUGUUUUUUCUCUAACAGAGGUUGCAACAGGGAUGUCACCAACGGACAGGGCUAGCAGGAAAGAUGAGGAGAAGAAUUAUAACGUCACCCUCCUAAGCAUUAUGAUUCCCAUUGCCUUAUCUUCCUUGCUUCUAGGAGGAAUCUUUUGUUUACGCAGGAAAUCUGUUUGUAGAAAGGAAAAAGAACAACGUAAGUUAACUAAAUUUUUCACAGUUCAUGUCAUUCUUGUUCUUUCAAAAAAUAACUCAAUUAUUGCAUGAUAUCCAUAGUAAUCUCUGUCCUGAUACAAGAAUCGCGAAUCCAGGUUCCACUGACAAGAAAACACAAUCCCAGACUGUCUAUAUACUGGCUAUGAAUACCUAACAUGGGGCGAUAGAUACCUUACAGACCUUCCAUGGGGCGAAUCAGCUAACAUUUCAUUACUCAAUUUGUUGCUCGAUCAGUAAAUUGCUAAUAGCGAACAGGCUUGAUGAAAUGUCAUUGCGUAUAUGUGGUACGUAGAUAUCUCCACGUACACAAACAAGGACAUUUUGAGCACAGAUUCUAACACUGAUUCUUUCUUUUCGAAUUUAACAGGUCAUCAAGAAAUCAGAGCGUAUGUAUUUUAUAUUUUGAAGAAAACGUUUAUCCGUCAUUCGUCUUUCAUCGUGGGGUUGUGGAUUCAAUUCAUUUAAAAAAUAGAUUUUACUUGAACAGAAACAGAAACAUUUUGACUUUAAUUUUUGCUUAGAAAAGGAGUAAGUGACAGUCCACAGACUUCAACGUGUGUGUGUCUACUGGGAGAUUUGGAAAAAGCGUUAUUUAUCUACUGUGUCAGUUGUGAGCGAGCGCAUUACCAUGCAUGCAUGGGCUUUUUCACUUUUUCAAAGCACCGCGAUCUAAAAACGUAAUUUUGCUAUCGUCAUUUCAGUAGUGUUAAUACAACGUCUUUAUUCCCAUAGGUGCACUAAGAAAUCAUGAAAUCAUGACUAACUUUAAAAAAAAACGCAGAACAGUGACUAGUUGCUUUUCAUUGGCGAAAUUGUAACAGGGGAACCCAAUUAAAGACUGCUUUCUGUAAAAUAUCUGUUUGAAGAAGCAAAUUAAAUCAGAUUACUUAAAAUUUUCCGUAAGUGGCAUGGUGGACGGCUUGAAAUUUCUAGAUGACAGUUCCAUUCAUGAACAAUUAUCGAGGCUUAUCUAAGAGAAAUUUGCUACGAUUUUCUGAAGUCCAAUGUUUUACAUUUCACUCCCUAGGUCUAGCUAUAUUUCGAAGAAAAAGGAAAUCUAAUACUUUAGGAUUGGAAAUUUGAUGGAGUAUUAAAGGAAUCAGUAAUAUUUUAACCUUUGUGAAACUUGGAAUUGAAUCUAAAGUUUUGGGAAAAUAAUACUGAAGCCAUUCUAAUUUCGAAAAGACUCACGUUGCCCCAGGACUGGACCGAACAGAUACAAACUUUAUAGCGCCACUUAGAAUGCAAAACUCUUUCCCGGCUAUACGGUCAUUUUCAGCCAAGCUGAGGGCCCUAUCAAUCGUAAAUAGAUGACUUCGAAACGAAUACUAGAAAAAAAAAUUGUAACCUAUACUAUCUGUUUUAUGCCGCAAGAAAAAAUACCUUAUUUAUAUUUUUCAGAAUAACAAGAUUAUACUUUACAUUCCAAGAGAAUAGAUCCUCUGAUUUGGUGAGAUUCCCUUUUUCAUUUCUUACGCCACUUUUUUCUUUUAGAUAAAAGUAUUUUAAAAACGCCGUUCAUUUUGUAGAGAUUGCUUAGCAGCGUUUCAGUAUUAAUGUAUUCAGAAGGUUUUUCGCUAGAGGGUUAGCCAGUCCUGCCCUUAAAAAAUUCGGGGUCGUUUUAGUUUCCACCCUGUAGCACUGCCAACACUGAAUGGUUUUCGUCCUCUUUUUUAAUUUACUACUUUUGGAUCGUAAAAAAUGAUAAGAUGAUCAUGUUUCAGUUUAUUAGGGCCCACCUUCAUUCCCCUAGACUGCAAAACAGUCCGUAUUUUUGCGUAUUCAAGUACGCGCGAGCAGUCAAACAAAAGGUCCGGAACGAGGGUGAAAACAGAGAGCGAGACUGGGGAGAGACGCGUAAAACUCUUACGCCCCGCUUUACCGAUUUCUUUACUGAUUUUGAGGAAAAAACCGACUGUUUUGCAGUCUAUUAUUCCCCGAGUCUCGUCGGUUUGCUUUCAUAAAUAUUUUCAUGAAUUACGGACAGUUUGCUUUGUCCUAUAUUUUCUCUAACUUCAACACGCUUAAUGCGGACACUUUCUAUAGUUCCCUCAGUGUGCGUAUUUAUUUAACGGGGUUUGACUGUACUUAUUUAUUGCAGGUUCAAGGAAAUGGUAUGAAUGAAAGACACUCGGUGACGUCUUCAGAAUUGCCAGAAGGUACCUCAGAAUCGAACAGGGCUUCAGAACAAUUGUCAGCAACGGUGACAGAAAGUCAAGUCGGACAGAAAAGUGAACAGAGGAGCGCUGGCAGAGUUUUUGCACUGACAUCAUUCCAUCCAGAAGCGAACGAUCUCACUCGAGCAGUUACUUCAAAUCAGGAAUCCGGUGCUGUGAAAACAAUUGAAAAUCGCAGUGUUAUCAAAGGAAUAAGGGAUAGUGAGGCUCUUAUUACUGGGAACCAAGCUGUCAUGGAAACUAGUAAGAGAACAGGUGCAGUAAUGGACGGAAGCAUUCAAGAGAUCAAUCAGGAAACGAGAGCAGUCAGGGAGUCAGAAACCUUUCAGAGAAAUCAAUUUGAAACUGGUGUAUGCCAUCAAAAUUCAAAUUCUGAGAAUUACCUUCAACCAGUGGACAGUGAAAAUUUGCAAGUGAGGGCUCAAACCAGUCGCUUCACUCACGAUAGAAAAGCCCAUACCUUCCAAUCUAGGCCUCGGCCAAAACCAAGGUUGAAGAUUAUGGGUAAAAGUGUCACUGAAGGCUUCCAACAUAAGGAUUCAUCAUUAACUCUGCCACCGUUAAAUACGCGAUGUACAGAUACACGAACUAGAAUGGCUGAGCGAUCAAGUUGUACCAGCCCGCGGACGAUAGCUUUUCGCGGAGCCACCGGCUAUCAGAAUGAUCAAUGUCUAAAGUCUUUCUACCAGAACACAGUGGGGAAAGCUGGCUCUACAUUGAAGCCGCAUAGCAAAGUUGAAUCCCCAUACACGCCAGUGCUUUCUAACACCAACUGGGAAGUUUCAUGCAAUCAUUUGACAUUAUUUGAAAGAAUCGGUGGUGGGUCGUUUGGCCAAGUGUGGAAGGGUGCGGCGUGGGAAGUGAAUGGUGCCAAAAGCUGGUCCGUGGUGGCCGUUAAAAUGCUUAAAGGUGAGGUGAGACCCCCGUCACUGGCUAUUAAAUCUACAAAUUUUAGAGCACUGGUUAGUACCUGCAGGUUAUAGAUGGGAUUCCAAAAAAAAAAAAGGCCAAAAAACAAAACAGAUACCAGAGUUAGUCCAACUUAAAUUGGAUACAUUAAACUGGAAACUUCAAUAUUCUAAGCUACGACGCUAAAUUUCCCUACCAUUAGAAUAAUAGAACGAGUUUUUCACUUCAAUCCUUGUAAAUGCUACUCUCAAUUUCUUAGCCUGAGAAAACAGCCGAAAAAGUUUGAGGAAGGAGCGAAGAAAUUCCAUUCUGAUGACACGACAUCAGGAUAGUGCUUCUGAUUGGUUCAAAAUUUACUUCAUCCAAUCAGAGGCACGUGUCGUCAGUAUGGAAUUCUGCCGUCGUUCCUCGGAUGUCAUUUCAUGAAUAGGGGAAAAUGGUCAUGGUGUCGUCGCGGAAUGUCAACUUUGUUUUCAAAUUUCUCUGAUUUUAAUACCCUUACAAGGCACACCCCUCAAAGUGGCACAGCACUAAGAGUUGCAAUCGGAGAAAAAUCUAGCCAUAGCGGGGUACAAAAUAAUACUAGAGCAAAAAGAAAACUAAAUUUUGCCCAUUGUUUUAUUGGUUAUUCUGGAAAACCUGCUCAUUUUCGAGAGGCUUUGCUUCUUUUUUGUCCUGUCUAAUUUCUCUUCCGAGCAGUUGACAAGAGUGGACAGUCAUGGGCCAAACAACCCCACAAACCAUUUCACACAAAUGAAAGUUAUAUUUCGAUUGUAGAAAAAUCUUCCAAGUCUGAUCUCAAGGACCUUUUGUCUGAACUGGACUUGUUGAAGAAGCUUAAACCUCAUCCUAACGUCAUACGAUUGCUGGGCUGUGUGACCAAAGAUGUGGUGCGAUGUCGGGAAAAGACGGAGUUCAGUAAGUUCAUGCUUAAAAAAAGAUAAAGUUAAUACUGAAAAGUAGUUAUUCUGUUGUAAAAGGUAUGAUCACUUCCUCUAAGUUCAGCGCUGUUAAGGAGCAAUAUUCAUGUAACCUCUUCCGCUGCAAGAUUUAAAUCGUUUAGCAAAAGUAAAGAGGAGGAAGUACAUACUAUGGUAUCUAAAAGAUAUUAAUGCUGCGGCCCAUUCUGUUGAUAUUGACAUGUACAUUAGUUAGGCAGUGAUCCAUCUGCUUGCGUGAGAUUUAAAAGAAAAUGACACUGAAUGUCUUAUAAUUUACAUGUUGGAAUGUAAAAAUUACUAUCAGUAUAUAGAAAGAACUCGUGGGAAGGUUGUUCAGAAAACGAUUAAAUGGUUUUCAACUCUGGUUUCCCACAGUAAACUGUAGGUAAUGACAGAAACUCGGGUUGUUUACCCACAUAUUAAUUUUAAUAUACGGUGUACUAUUUUUCUCUGGAAUGCUUUUCUUGCUGUUUAUUGCACUUUAUUAAAUAACAGUUACUUAGGAAUAUAUAUGUGUAGAAAACAACAACACAAAAAAAGACAGAAAGAAGGAAAAAAAAGAAAAGGCACUGAGUAGGACUCGAGCCGCAUUAACCGAGCUAUUAACAGUAAAAAGAAAAAAAAAAACAAUGUAAAUGCAUUCCAUGGCAAUGAAUGAAUGAAAGAACACAAUUAUGCUUUGCCAAACGCCGAUACACGUCCUCGUCUGCAAAGUAGGACGCGAAACAUAUGUUUGGUUAUCUCGAUUUCCGCUGUUAUUUUGAAGCUAAUGGUCAAAAUCACAUGCAUUUUUGGCUCAUACAGGUUCCUAAGAAUAGCAUGGCAUGACAUUGUCUCACUUUCACAUCAUCUUAAUUCUAGCAAGUAUCCCCACUGCUGCGGAGUCGAAGAGCAAAUGCUCAUCUUCUCGUCAAGUUUAACGCCUGGACGAGUCAAAGGCUCUUGAAAUCCAAUCCCCAAGUUAACCAUCGUACUCCUCUGAAAGACUCUUGCGUACCUCAAAUUUGGUAAGAUCUCUAACCGUGCUUUGUCGCCAAGAGAACUCUGAGUCUGAACAGGAACUCGAACUUCCUCGUGUUUUUAUUAAAAUUUUACGUGGCGCAAUGCAUUCUGGUAAAAAGAGGAGCGGUGCACUCUGGCUAAAUGCAAUGCAUUGUGGUAAAAAGCGAUGAAUUCGAGAAUUCGUCUCACCUUAUAUAUUUCCCUUAAAUCCUGAUUAUGUUGCUGUUCGCUCCCUACGGUCGCUCCGCAGCAACUAGAUUUCAUGACCAGAACGGGACUUCUGACUGAAGAUAAUUUUUCUUUCUUGGGUUUCAAACAUUAUUGCACGCUCAAACGUACUUUUUUAAAACUAUUGGCAAAGAAUUUUAGCUUAGAAUGCUUUCGAUAGGAUUGUUAAGUUAAAUAGAUAAUUAGAAAACAAAAGGUUGCUAUUUUCUUCGAGCUCCCGAUAACUUAAACUCGGGAUAACUCGAACUUUUUCCAAUUUCCGUUGAAGGUUGGAGUUAUCGGGAGUCGACUGUACAUCUUACAAAGAAAUUGAAAUAUGAUAAUAAAUGUUGGCCUAAUUGAUAAGAAUUCUGAACAUACAUGUAGGUAGCAACUUGCUAUCUACAUGUGUAAGCUUGCGGUUAUCUCAGAGAUAGUAAUUGCAGUUUUUCUCUUGAUUAAGGCCCCUUCCUCACUUAUCCGGAUAUUUUUGAAUCCGCAAAUCAUCCUAGCUUUGCGGAUUCAAAGAUCUCCACGUCCACACGUAGCAUAAUCGAGUUUGCCCGGCCACACGUAUCCGGAUUCACUCUCAGUCGACGUCUCCCAGCUAAUUUGUAAAGCUAGCGCUAUGUUUGGCUCAUGGGAAGUUUUCUCGUCAUUCUUCUUCAAUAACUGUAUCGCUGACAAAAUUGUCCCUCAAGCACUACUUUGCUCGUUUAACUUUCGUCCGACAUGGAAAUUAAAGAAGCGUCAGAAUGGCGAGCAGCCGUUUGACAUCGUAAUCAUAGCUAGAUUUAACGGCACACACGUUAUAAGACUUUAAACUGAAGUCCAAGAAGCCAGAGGCGACAACAUUGCGCUCGGCACCAUCUUGAACACAGUGGAACCUCUCCUAUGAGACACCUCCAUUCAGGGGACACAAACUCUGGUCUGGGAAAAACGUUCACAUGAUCUUUGCAUUUGUUACCUCUAUUAAUUGAAGGGUCACCUCUUUUCAGGAAAAAGGGACACUUUUUCUGGGUUCCGAAACUCGGGGUUAACCUUCAUUCAGUGGGACACCUUAGCGUUCAAACUAGAGUGAUUGAUCACAAAAAUUGCUGAUAAAUUGAAGUGUUCACUAGUUACAACGGCUACAGAUUUCAAAGUAACAUGAACUAUCUCACUUAAAAUCGGUGUACUGCACUUGUGGGAAUUCAACACACAACAAUGCAAAGAUAUUUUUAAGUUAAUCAAUGCCAUGAUUUUUUUAUUAUUAUGUAGCUACUUGAAAUAAUGACUUCAGCAGAUUCCAAGGCAGAAUAAAAGAAAUAUAUUUUAUUUUUUGGUUAAUUACUAACAAAACCCAGCCCAACCUCUAAUAAGGAAACCUUUGCCUUGGUCCCGAGGGUGUCCCCUGAAUAGAGGUUCUACGGUAUUCACGGUAAAGAACUGGGCUCGAUUUUGUUACGUCACUGGAUAAAAAAUAUCCGGAUUUGGCGCCCACACGAUUCCGUAUUCAUAGCGUAUUAAAAAAUUUCUACUUUGGAGAGCGGAUUCAAAAAGUUGCGGAUUUGUAUGGUGGAUUCACCGGACACGUGUGGACGGAAGCCGAAUCCUCAAAGGAAAAGUUGCGGAUUCAAAAAAAAAUCGGAUACGUGUGGACGAGGCAUAAGUUUCUACCCUUUCUUUUUUAAAAGGACCACCUCUUGUUAUCCUGGAAUUUGUUCCUCAUGGCGAUCUUCUUGGAUAUCUAAGAAAAAGCAAUGGAGAAAAUGAUGAUUUCUAUGAUUUAAAAAGCAAGGAAGUGCCAUCAAAGAUACCAGAACGACAACUUUACCAAUUCUCAGCUGAUAUCGCCCGUGGAAUGGAAUUUAUCUCGGCGCACCAGGUUUGCUGAUCUCCAUGAAUGCUUUGACUGUUCGCUGUUUCCAGAGAUAUAGAUAUGAAUUGCUUGUGUAGAGACAAGAAAGAUUACGGGAACGCUAAGCAAAAGUAUCAAAUUUGUCUUGACGAAGCUAGAGAAGUUAGUUACAGCGCAUGCCUUGCGAGGCGUUAAGGCUCUGUGCUCUUGUUGUGGCGCCAACUUAAAUCUGAAAACAGUGGACUCGGAUUGGUUAGAUUCCCCCACAAAAACUCACCGCUGCAGGUACCCGAAAAAAUUAGGUACUCGUGCGCCCAAUAAAAAACGCUGGCAAGUAUAUAGUUCAGCGAAGAAGGAACUGUAUAGUACAGUACAGUUUGAGCUCUACUUGAGAUGGCGUUAAAGAUUUAAAACAAUCAAUCCAUCUUUGCAGCUGAGAAGGAUUUUCGUGGCGAGUGCUUUUCGUGAUUUUCGUCACCUCCGUUUAAACGCACAACGAAACGAUACAAACAAAAGCCCAGGCAUAAGAGAAUGAAAAUAUGUUUCGUUACACAGUUUGUUAUGGCUCGUGAUUCCGACCUUUUGCCCGCAAUUUUAAGCUUAGAUGACGCAAACAUAAGGAAAAGCACAAUGCCUGCGUCAUAAGAAAAUUUGUAAGCAAACUUUUUUAUGUAAUGAUUAAAUACAUUAUUAUUUCUGGUCGUAGCUUAUCCACAGAGAUCUGGCAGCUCGAAACAUCUUAGUUGGUGAAGGGCUGCGUUGUAAGAUUACCGAUUUUGGCAUGGCAAGGGACCUGGGCCGGGAGGAAAUCUACGUUAGAAGAUCCAAUGUAAGUACGUAUAUAGAACAAAGACCGCUGUCCUUUAUACCAAAUCGAAAAUAAAUUUCCUGCCGGCUACGAUUAAUUUAAGAUUGCCUGUUUGACAGCCAAGCGCACAUCGUCAGCCGUACCUUAACUGCGCUGUGAUUCACAGCUGUCAAUUCUAUAUUUCGCACUGCCCCCAAACGAUUCCUGAAUUCAAGGUUCUGCGCUUUAUUGACAGGGUCUGAUGCCUGUAAAAUGGAUGGCAGUUGAGUCACUAAUAAAUCAAGUUUAUACAACAGAAAGUGAUGUGUAAGUAAAAUGAAAGUAUAAAAGUUAGGCAUGCAUUCAACAUGCGUGCAUAAGUUGUUUCUCAAAUCAAUUGUUGGUUUUCACAUGACGUCACUAAAAAUUCAAACUACAAAACUAUCGAUCCAGGAGCUGAAAACUAAUUUUCAUACAAAUUUUCGCUUCAAAAAAGUUCUUGGUUUUGUGAUAGAGUACGCUUGAAUUUCUAAGCUUUUGCGUGACGUGGUAUUCACUUGACUGCCGAGAGAGCUGUCACGUAGUUUAAAAAAGUGACGUAUUUCGGGGAAUUUUGCUAUCUUAACAGUUCAUGUAUUAGAAAAAGUAUUACUUUAAUGUUUAUGAGUUCCUCUAGGGAUACAUUCACGCUUUUAUACCAAAACUCGGAAACGAUGUUUUUGUUGGUUUCCGUCCGCCAUGUUGGUGCUCAUCCAGGUGGGCACCAGCAUGGCGUCUCCAUACAAAUCUUUAUAAAUUUGGGUAAAACAUUUCUUCGGAUAUCUCGUAUACGGAAUAUUCUUCUGACGUGAAUCUUGGCGAGGCCCUUUGUAUAUUUACCUCCUUUCAUUUCCCAGACUCCGGAAUUUAUCUGUUGAACGGUUUUGAUUUCUCUUUUGAUUUAUUUUGAAUGGCGUGACACUGAAAACCAGCAAUAUUUGUCUGCAUGAGAAUGCUUAAGCUGUUGCUCACAGGAACGCAGCGCGGAAGUCGUAUCACCCGUCAAGCGGCUCUUUCGGUAUCUUGAGAGAAUAUUUUAGCAAUGGUCUACACAUCAUCUACUUGUAGACUAUUAAAGGUUUGUUACUGUAGUCAUUUGAUUAGUGAGCGAUAUCAUCUAAACGCUCGCUGGAGUCAAGGCCGAUGACUGGUUAAGAAAAAAAAUAUGUCUAACUUAAUUGUACGUAUCAAGUUUUGUGUUAAGGGUUUAAAUCGGUGUUUUCUUUCACUAACUUUGCCUCUCGCCUGCGAAAUAAGGCGUCGCGAAGUAUUGGAAGAGCAUGAAUGUAAGAAGUAAUGUGUAGGCCGGAAUGCCAUAUUCUUCCAGAUCCCAACUAAAGCCGGGCUUAAAUAAGAGUGUAUUGCAAGGUGGUCUAGUUUACUCAAUAAAGAGUACAUGAAGGAUAACGAAAUUGUUUAGACCGUGUGGUAGAGUAGAAAAAACACACACACACACAACUAAAACAGACUGAUGAAAAAUGAAAUCUUCUGAUUUUAGAUGGAGCUACGGGAUUGUCCUGUAUGAAAUUUUCACCCUCGGUAAGUAGAACAGCAGAUUACCUCUAGGCAUUUUGCAUACGAGACUGGAGACAUAAAUCAAAACUUUCGUGAAUUAACGACCCCGGCCCAAACAUACGAUUGAGUUAUAUUGCGAAACUGAUUCAGGGUCAGACAUCAGCAUAUGUAAGACUCUUGUAGCGGUGUUUCCUGCUAGCAGUUAAUCCUGAUAAGCAAAGUGCUGACAUGUGGUCACAUUUCCAGCAAGGAUGGCACGGCCUGUGUAGCAAAGCUGAAAGCAUUCUUGAACGCCUCCCACUAGUGAGGCAUUAGCCUGCGUAGCAGGCGCGUGGAAGUAUUUAGGUGAAAGAAAGAACCGGCGCGAGAGAGACAGACACGCGAGGAAGGAGGAGCUCCUUAUCCCCUCGCCUGUCCCCCUCGCGCGCCCCUUUCUUUCUUGCGCCCACUCCUUCCAAGCGCUUCUACGCAGGCCAGUGAGGCAAGAGUUUGUAUGCGUGAGAAGGACUCAAUUGGUCGGUUCAAUUCGCUCGUCAUCGGUUAGUUCUCAUUCUUGCUCCAAAAGGAUUCGGUCCGGUAUAUAAGAAACCUAAGGCCACUAAUUCUAAUUCGAUAGUCAGUGGAACACCUGAACACUUCCAUGCGAGCCUCUAGCCUUUGCGAGUGCGCAAGCGAAGCCCUCUUGCACUGGCGGUCAAUAAAUCCACUGCGGUUUUAAUUUUCAUAUACGGGCGCUCGAUGAUCUAUAAAGAAAAAAAAAGAGGAUCUGUUGACAGGCCAGUCGCACCUUUGCAUAAUUCUUCACAUCCUACUCAGCUUCAUUGCCGGAAUAAUUGCUAAAUAAUACACAUCCACUUUUAUACUGCAUUUAUAUUUAUAGGAGGAAAACCUUACGACGGAAUGAGCGGGGAAGAGGUCUAUAGCUUUGUCGCGAGUGGUGUACGGAUGCGAAGAAAAUCAACUUUCACUUCAGAGCUGUGAGUAUUUCUCGCAAUAGGAUGAUAUAUUCGAAGACCUCCUGGCCGGACAUAUCCUAAAUAAUGAUAUUGCUCCUUAACAAUAGCCACUUGAGAUACCGUAUCCCGAUCUUAUAUGAACAGAAGGCUUCGUGAAUCUGUCGUAGUGGUCUCUAUAUCCCAUCCCUAAAUUUUAUAUGCUAUAAUUGUACUCUCUAAAUUGACUCAAUCAGUCUCUCGAUUUAUGGUGCUAGCAAGGCUUGCGCUGAUCUUGUAAUCGUUGAAUGCUUACUUCAGAGAUGUCACAAAAGAUGCUAAAUCUCCGUCAAAUUAAGUAUUUAUUAUCUUUGAGAACAAUCUGAUAGAAAGCGUUGUGAUAAAAUUAGAAAGGACAAACACCAUCUGUUAUAUUCUGUCUUACUGACUGUAAAGGACUCUUCUCAUAGGCUUCGAAGAAAGACAUCUGUGCUAGCUUUACCAAUAUACGAUGAAACCUCUAUUAAGCUGACCCCCAAUUAAGCCGACACCCUCUCUUUUUUUUUAAGCCUGGUCCCGAGAUUAAUAUCCUAAAUUCCCUUUAUAACGAACCCCUAUUCAGCGGACACCUCUAUUAAGCGGUAGGUACUUUAAGUAGGGUUAUUAAAGUGUAUCAAGAAUACAUUUAAAAUAAUGUAUUGACAUGUAUACCCAUGUAAUGUCAUGUAUAGCCAUGUAUAGCCAUGUAUAGCCAUGUAUUACCAUGUAUCACCGUGUAUAGCCAUGUAAUGCAAUGUAUAGCCAUGUAUAGCCAUAUAUUACCAUGUCAUGCCAUGUAUAGCCAUGUAUAGCCACAUAUAUCCAUGUAAUGCCAUGUAUUACCAUGUAAUGCCAUGUAUAGCAAUGUAUAACUAUGUAUUACUAUGUAUUACUAUGUAUUACCAUGUAUCGCCAUGUAUUACCAUGUAUAGCCAUGUAUAGCCAUGUAUACUCAUGUAAUGCCAGGUAUUACUAUGUAUUACCAUGUAUAGCCAUGUAUUGCCAUGUAUUACCAUGUAUAGCCAUGUAUUACCAUGUAUACCCAUGUAUAGCCAUAUAUUGCCAUGUAUAGCCAUGAAUACCCAUGUAAUACCAUGUAUUGCCAUGUAUUACCAUGUAUAGCCAUGUAUUGCCAUGUAUAGCCAUGUAUAGCCAUGUAUAGCCAUGUAUAGCCAUGUAUAGCCAUGUAAUGCCAUGUAUAACCAUGUAUUACCAUGUAUUACCAUGUAUAGCCAUGUAUUACCAUGUAUUACCAUGUAUUGCCAUGUAUUACCAUGCAUAGCCAUGUAUAGCCAUGUAUACCCAUGCAAUACCAUGUAUUGCUAUGUAUUACCAUGUAUCACUAUGUAUUACCAUGUAUAGCCAUGUAGAGCCAUGUAUACCCCUGUAAUGCCAUGUAUUGCCAUGUAUUAAAAUGUAUAGCCAUGCAUAGACAUGUAUAGACAUGUAAUGCCAUAUAUUGCCAUGUACUACUAUGUAUAGCCAUUUUUACCCGUGUAAUGCCAUGUAUAGCCAUGUAUUAUUAUGUAUUACUAUGUAUUACCAUGUAUCGCCAGGCAUUACCACGUAUAGCCAUGUAUAGCCAUGUAUACUCAUGUAUUACCAUGUAUACUCAUGUAUAACCAUGUAUUGCCAUCUAUUAAUUACCAUGUAUUGCUAUGUAUUACCAUGUAUCACCAUGUAUUACCAUGUAUAGCCAUGUAUACCCAUGUAUACCCAUGUAAUGCCAUGUAUUACCAUGUAUUACCAUGUAUAGCCGUGUAUUGCCAUGUAUUACCAUGCAUACCAAUGUAUUACCAUGUAUACUCAUGUAUAGCCAUGUAUUGCCAUGUAUUACCAUGUAUUGCUAUGUAUUACCAUGUAUCACCAUGUCUUACCAUGUAUAGCCAUGUAUAGCCAUGUAUACCAAUGUAUAACCAUGUACUGCCAUGUAUUACCAUGUAUACCCAUGUAUACCCAUGUAAUGACAUGUAUAGCCAUGUAUUACUAUGUGUUACUAUAUAUAUCCCAUGUAUCGCCAUGUAUUACCAUGUAUAGCCAUGUAUAGCCAUGUAUACUCAUGUAAUGCCAUGUACUACUAUGUAUAGCCAUGUAUAGUCGUGUAUUACCAUGUAUUACCAUGUAUUGCCAUGUUUAGCCAUGUAUUACUAUGUAUUGCCAUGUAUAGCCUUGUAUUACCAUGUAUUGCCAUGUAUUACCAUGCAUAGCCAUGUAUUACCAUGUACAGGCAUGGAUAGCAAUGUAUAGCCAUGGAUAGCCAUGUACAGCCACGCAUUACCAUGUGUUGCCAUGCAUAGCCAUGUAUUACUAUGUAUUACCAUGUAUAGCCACGUAUUGCUAUGUAUAGCCAUGUAUUACCAUGUAUAGCCAUGUAUUACCAUGUAUUACUAUGUAUUACCAUGUAUCGCCAUGUAUUACCAGUUAUAGCCAUGUACUGCCAUGUAUCGCUAUGUAUUACCAUGUGCUGCCAUGUAUCGCCAUGUAUUACCAUGUAAUGCCAUGUAUUGCCAUGUAUUAACAUGUAUAGCAAUGUAUUGCCAUGUAUAGCCAUGUAUACCCAUGUAAUGCCAUGUAUUGCCAUGUAUUACCAUGUAUAGCCAUGUAUUACCAUGUACUGCCAUGUAUUACAAGGUAUUGCGAUGUAUUGCCAUGUAUUGCAAUGUAUUACCAUGUGCUGCCAUGUAUUGCCAUGUAUUAACAUGUAUUGCCAUGUAUCGCCACGUAUUACCAUGUAUUUCCAUGUAUCGCCAUGUAUUAUCAUGUAUUGCUAUGUAUUGCCAUGUAUUGCUAUGUAUAGCAAUGUAUUACCAUGUACUGCCAUGUAUUAGCAUGUAUUUCCAGGUACUGCCAUGUAUUACCAUGUAUUACCAUGUCUCACCAUGUAUUACUAUAUAUUACCAUUUAUUGCCAUGUAUUACCAUAUAUCACCAUGUAUUGCCAAGUAUUACCAUGUAUUGCCAUGUAUAACCAUGUAAUGCUACGUAUAGCCAUGUAUAGCCAUGUAAUGCCUUGUAUAGCCAUGUAUUACGGUGUAUUACAAUGUUUUACCAUGUAUUACUAUGUAUUACCAUGUAUUGCCAUGUAUUAUUAUGUAUCACCAGGUAUUACCAUGUAUUAUUGUGUAUCACCAUGUAUUGCCAUGUAUUACUAUGUCUCGCCAUGUAUUACCAUGUAUAGCCACGUAUUGCCAUGUAUAGCCAUGUACUACCAUGUACUGCCAUGUACAGCCAUGUAUUGCUAUGUAAAGCCAUGUUCUGCCAUUUAUUGCCAUGUAUUACCAUAUAUUACCAUGUUUGGCCAUGUAUUACCACGUUUUGCCAUGUAAUGCCAUGUAUAGCCAUGUAUUUCCAUGUAUCGCCACGUAUUACCAUGUGCUGCCAUGUAUCGCCAUGUAUUGCCAUGUAUUGCCAUGUAUUGCUAUGUAUAGCCAUGUAUUACCAUGUACUGUUAUGUAUAGCCAUGUAUUGCCAUGUUUUACCAUGUAUAACCAUGUAUUGCCAUGUAUUUCUAUGUAUAGCCAUGUAUUGCAAUGUAUUACCAUGUACAGCCAUGUGAUUCCAUGUAUUACUAUGUAUUGCCAUGUAUUGCCAUGUAUAGCCAUGUAUUACCAUGUAUAGCCAUAUAAUGCCAUGCAUAGCCAUUUAAUGCCAUGUAUUGCCAUGUAUUGCCAUGUUUUACUAUGCAUUACCAUGUAUUGCCAUGUAUUACCAUGUAUAGCCAUGUAUUGCCAUGUAUUGCCAUGUAUAACUAUGUAUUUCUAUGUACUGCAAUGUAUAUAGCCAUGUCUUACCAUGUAUUGCCUUGUCUUUCCAUGUAUUGCCAUGUAUAGCCAAUUACUGCCAAGUAUCGCCAUCUAUUACCAUAUAUUGCCAUGUAUGCCCAUGUACUGCCAUGUAUUAUUAUGUAUUGCCAUGCAUUACCAUGUAAUGCCAUGGAAAAUCGGAUGGGUUUAUAAAUUCUGGGUCUUCUUUUCUGAAUUUUACGGUAUUUUGCUAACUUGAGACUAUAGGAAAUCCUAUUUUCAGAUGUCAGAUUUAUUUCUGCAAUCUUGCAUACUGUGAAUUUACGGGCGAGUCAGUGAUGAAAUUUUUGCCGGCUUAGUUGUCCUGAAUUUUUUAAUAAAUUCUAUGCCUUUAAAAUUAUUAUAAAUCUUUUCAAAUAAAGAGGUUCUGAAUGGAUGUUUUCUUGAAAUAUUCACUGUUCUUUACGCAUGUACGAAUGCCGAUUUGAAUUUAACAGUAUAAGAGGGAACGACUAAGGGACUCAUUUUUCAACUGAAUAAUCAAUUUAUUAAUAGAAUCUAGUGAGGUAUGUUUGAAAUGUCCAGACUUUGGCAAUAGUGUAUUUGAUUCAUUGGUCCUGGUGGUGGACUUAAGCCUCCCCUCACAGCCAUCCACUCCACGCAUUUAUUUAUGUUUUGAGCGAGUCACUUUGAGUCAGUACAGGAAUUGAUAGUUCUGCAACGUGUGGAAAAAUUGAUGUUUUCGAAACGCCAACACCGGCUAAAAAAAAGAUAUAUAUAUAUAUGUAUAGUAUAUGGCCUCGAUCUUCAUGAGUUCUCAGUAGUUCAAAGUGGAUAGGGAGCGUUCGCCUUGUGUAUGGGAGGUCAUAUGUAUGCAUCUUGUUGGGGACUCAGAUGUUAUACGAAACUUAUAACUUCAACUGCGCUUAACGAGCGUAACUUUCAAAACAGCUGCUCCACAAAAUGUCACUGAUAACGCGUAACGCAAAAGGUAAACGAAGUAUGACCAAAAAAUCUACCAAUUUGCGGUCCCUUCGGGAUUUUCUGUCUUAACUACGGGCGCGAACAAAAGAAACCGUUAACCCCCUAUCCCUUGCGGCCCCUAUCUAUAAAAGAAAUCGAUAUUUUUUUCUGGUAUACUGACUAUAAAUAACAACUGUAAGUACUUUCCGUAAUAAACGGGCGAGCUAAUAGAGCGCUUCCUCGGAAUUUCGCCUUAUGGGCGAAAUCCCUGCUCUUCGGGGCCAAUAAGUUCUUAACUGACUUUCAACGAGGGUAUUUUCUAAAGUGACGAAUGGCACUUGAAUAUCUUUGUCAACUAAUAUCCGUUUACAAUCCUGAAAGAACGUUGCCCUCCCCAAAAAACUGUAUUUUCAUUCGGAAAAAGAGCCUUUUCUUGGGCUACCCCUGAACUAUGUAACAGAAAAAAAAAAGACUUUUCAAUUCACUGACUUUAAUCCAACUUAAGACAUACAAGGUCAAUACAUGGCUACACAUGGCAAUACAUAGCAAUACAAGGUAAUAAAUAGCAAUACACAGCCAUACAUGGCUAUACACGCAGUACAUGUCAAUACAUGUAAUACAUGGGAGUACAUCGCUGUACAUGACAGUACAUGGCUAUACAUGGCAUUACAUGGCAAUACGUGGCUAUACAUGGCAAAACAUAGUAAUACAUGGUAAUACAUAGUAAUGCAUGGCAAAACAUGGUAAUACAAAGUAAUACAUGGUAAUACGUGGCGAUACAUGGCAAUACAUGGCUAUACAUGGUAAUACAUGGCAAUACAUCGUAACACAUAGUAAUACAUGGCAAUAUAUGGCAAUACAUGGCUAUACAUGGUAAUACGUGGCAAUUCAUGGUAAUACAUAGUAAUACAUGGUAAUACAUGGCGAUACAUGGCAGCACAUGGUAAUACAUGACGAUACAUUGCAAUACAUGGUAAUACAUAGUAAUACAUGGCAAUACAUAGCAAUACACGGCUAUACAUGGCAUAACAUGGCAAUACAUGGCUAUACAUAGCAGUACAUGGUAAUACAUGGCAAUACAUGAUAAUACAAGAAGAUACAUGGCAAUACAUGGCAAUGCAUGGCAAUACAUCGCAAUACAUGGUAAUAAAUGGAAAUACAAGGCAGCACAUGGUAAUACAUGGCGAUACAAGGCAAUACAUGGUAAUACAUAGUAAUACCUGGCCAUACAUGGUAAUACAUUUCAAUACAUGGCAUUACAUGGGUAUUCAUGGCUGUUUAUGGCUAUACAUUGUAAUACAUGGCAUUACAUGGGUAUACACGGGUAUACAUGGCUCUACAUGGUAAUACAUGGCAAUACAUGGCAUUACAUGGAAUUACAUGGGUAUACAUGGCUAUACAUAGCUAUACAUGGCAGUACAUGGCUAUACAUGGUAACGCAUGGCAAUACAUGGCAUUACAUGGCUAUACAUGGCUAUACAUGGCUAUACAUGGCUAUACAUGGUAAUACAUGGCAAUAUAUGGCAUUACACGGGUAUACAUGGGUAUACAUGGCUAUACAUGGUAAUACAUGGCGAUAUAUGGUAAUACAUAGCAAUACAUGGUAAUACAUGGCAAUACAUGUCUAUACAUGGGUAUACGUGGUAAUACAUGGCUAUACAUGGUAAUACAUGGUAAUACAUGGGAUUAAAUGGGUAUACAUGGUAAUACAUGGCUAUACAUGGUAAUACAUGGCAAUACAUGGCUAUACAUGGUAAUACAUGGUAAUAGAUGGCAUUACAUGGGUAUUUAUGGCUAUACAUGGCUCUACAUAGCUAUACAUGGCAAUACAUGGCUAUACAUGGUGAUACAUGGCAAUACAUGGUAAUACAUGGCUGUACAUGGCAAUACAUGGCUAUACAUGGUAAUACAUAGCUAUACAUGGCUAUACAUGGCAUUACAUGGCUAUACAUGGCUAUACAUGGUAACACAUGGCAAUACAUGGCAUUACAUGGUUAUACAUGGGUAUACAUGGCUAUACAUGGUUAUACAUGGGUAUACAUGGCUAUACAUGGUAUUACAUGGCUAUAGACGGCUAUACAUGGCUAUACAUGGCUAUAUAUACAUGGGAAUACAUGGCUAUACAUGGUAAUUUAUGGCAUUACAUGGGUAUACAUGGCUAUACAUGGCUAUACAUAGCUAUACAUGUUAAUACAUGGCAAUACAUGGCAUUACAUGGGUAUACAUGGCUAUACAUGGUAAUACAUGGCAAUAGAUGGCUAUACAUGGCAAUAGAUUGCAAUACAUGGCAUUACAUGGGUAUACAUGGCUAUACAUGGCUAUACAUGGCUAUACAUGGCAAUACAUGGCUAUACAUGGUAAUACAUUUCAAUACAUGGCAUUACAUGGGUAUACAUGGCUAUUUAUAGCUAUACAUGGUAAUACAUGGCAUUACAUGGGUAUAGAUGGCUAUACAUGGCUAUACAUGGUAAUACAUGGCAAUACAUGGCAUUACAUGGGUGUACAUGGCUAGAUAUGGUAAUACAUGGCUAUACAUGGCAUUACAUUGCCAUACAUGACAUUAUAUGGCUGUACAUGGCAGUACAUGGCUAUUUUGAUACAUUUCUUGAUACACUUUAAUAACCCUACUUAAAGUACCUACCUAUUAAGCGGACGCGGACACUAAAAUAAAUUGUAUUUGGCUAAUUUCUAUUGUUAAAAACCUCUAUUAAGCAGACACCCGGGACUGAAUUGACAAUAGUAGUAUUGGAUUGCGUCCUUGAAAUACUUACUGUAGUCGAUUAAUAAACUAAGAUAAAUCAAUACAUUUAGCUGUCAAUAAACUUUAGAUUAGACCGAAAGUCUUGCACAAAGUACUGCACAGCUUCCUUAGCUUCCUUAACAACAUGGAACUUUCCCACCGUACAGAGUAACCAUUGAAGUUAAUCGUUAACAAACAUUGCGCAAUCUUUACAAACCUCUAUUAAGAGGACACCAUGUAUUAUGCGGACACUUGGGAAGGUCGGCGUCCACAGGCGAAUUAUCGCCAAAGUGACAUAACAUUAAUAAUAAUAAUAAUAAUAGUAAGUGGCCUGACUUAACUGUUAUCAUCAUAACCUAAUGCAGGAACUUUAUGAAUGACAUCAGUAUCGUCGCAAAAAAUGGACGCUUAUAGCCUAUAAAUGGUAUAUACCUAUAAAGGAGAGUACAGAUCACAUACUGAAUGGUUGAGAGUUGUAAGAGUUGGCUGCUAUAUGAUAUCACAGUUUUCCCGGCUUUUCUUAUAGCGGGUGUUGCCAACUUCCUCUGUCCCUUCCAGUUAGAAAAUAAUGGCUAGGAAUUAACUGAAGUUAGUUUACCCGACGGGAUUGUUAAUUACAAGGGCCAGUUCGUUCACUUUAUAAAGAAACACGUACUGGAUUUACUUUUCAAACUUACUUUUCUUGUUCUUUUAUUUUCCUUUAUUUUCGUUUUUAGCUAUAAUCUUAUGUUACAAUGCUGGCACGAAGAACCAUCUGAGCGACCGAAGUUUGGUUCAAUUGCUUCUUGGAUGGAAAAUCGUUCUUCCCACUAG